AUGGCACCAUCUGUCGCUGAAGCCCGUGUCGAGACGGUCGUCCCCAUCAAGACCAACCUUGCAGCAGCCGAUGACAAGCCCAAAGUGCGAAGAGCCAUCGACGAGGAAGGGGGUCAAAGCACGGCGAGUUAUCCACACUACCUCCCAACGUGGGAUUACUCCCAGAAAUACCCACCUCUGGAGCCCUUCACCCACAUCGAUCACGGCAAAGACGCCGACCCUUCUUUCAAAGACCUCCUCCCAGAAGGGUCUACCAUCCAGAAGCUCACUCCCACCAUCGGCUCCGAGGUGACCGGCAUCCAGCUAAGCAAGCUGACCCCAACCGCAAAGGACCAGCUUGCUCUACUCAUCGCGCAGCGCAAGGUCGUCGCCUUCCGCAACCAAGACCUCGCCGACCUGCCCAUUCAAGAUGCCCUCGAUUUCGGCGUCUACUUCGGCCCCCACCACAUCCACCCCGUCAGCGGGGCCCCCGAGGGCUAUCCCGAAAUCCAGCUCGUUCACCGGACAGGCAACGUCUGGGAGACGGACGAGUAUAUCUCGUCGAAGAACAGCAGCGUCUCGUGGCACUCGGACGUGACCUACGAGAAGCAACCGCCCGGGACCACGUUCCUGUACCUGCUCGACGGGCCCGAAGUAGGCGGUGAUACCUUGUUCGCUGACCAAGUGGAGGCCUACCGACGCCUGUCGCCCGCCCUCCAGGAGCGACUUCACGGGCUGAAGGCUGUGCACUCAGGCGUUGAACAGGCAGAGUUCAGCCGCCAGCGUGGAGGCCAUGUGCGGCGCGAACCGAUCGAAACUGAACAUCCGGUUGUUCGGACGCACCCUGUGACUGGCGAGAAGGCGCUUUUCGUCAACUCUGGCUUCACCCGCAGAAUUGUCGGGCUAAAGCGUGAGGAGAGCGAUGCGCUGCUAUCCUUCUUGCUAGCCCAUAUCAGUCGGGGCAUCGACUAUCAAGCGCGAAUCAAAUGGGCGCCGAAGACAGUCGUUGUUUGGGAUAAUCGGGUCACGGCACACUCUGCGACGCUGGACUGGACUACCGGCGAGCGUCGUCAUUUGGGGCGUAUCACUCCGCAAGCGGAGCGCCCGUACGAGACACCUUAUGUUCCUGAGGAUAGAAAACGCCAGGCGUAA